CCCAGGGGCGUGGCCAGCUCCAGGCCUACCACAUUGUCUGCCCCUUUUUCCUCCUCCACAGCUGCUGGCAGGAAUGGAGUGAUGGCCCUGUCUGUGGUCCCAAGCCAGCUAUAGCAAGGAGCAGGCAGCUGGAGCCCUCACUGCUGCACCCCUGGCCACGCAUGACAGCCAUGGAUCAGGACGCGGAGGAGUGGGAGCAAGUGUUCCAGGAGUUAAUUCGGGAGGUAAAACCAUGGCACAGCUGGACCCUGGUGACAGACAAAGAACUUCUUCCCAAUGUCCUACAGCAAGGCUGGGCACAGUUCCAGCAGAAGACCUUCGCCAGGUUCUGCUGUUCCUCCUGCCUUCGCAGCUGGUCCUCCGCCAAGGUCCAGGUUCUCUUUCACGUGCACUGGAGUAAGAAGAAGCGCCGUGGCCAGGUGAAGAUGAGGGUCUUCGCCCAGAGGUGUAAGAAGUGCACGGAGUCUCACUUCGAGGUUCCUGAGCUCACGCCAGAGAACAUCAGGCGGACCCUGACUAACCUGGUGUUCAGCAUCCUGAGGAAAUGCUACAAGGAGGGCUUCAAGCCCAUGGAGGAGCUGCCCCCCGUCAAGGACACAAGCCUCGAAGGCCCGCACGACAGUCUCAACUGCGAGGCCUGUCUGCAGGGCUUCUGUGCCCAGAGUGGGGGGAACCUGGUCCCACAGUCGUCAGGGCCCACCUUGCUGUCCACCCCCUCCAAGGACACCAGGAUGCCCGGGGUCAUCACCAUUUAUAGCCGCCGCCACUGCUCACCACCUCCAAAGAUGGAAAAGCUUCUUGUGUCAAAAAUGACACCCAAGGAUCUGAACCUUCCCAAAGCUGAGUCCAAGCCCAGCCACACCUCAAAAUCAUCAGCUGCUCUAACAUACCCAAACAAAGAGGUGUCACCCACAUUAACAGUGACCCCCAAAGUCCCUCACCCUGUCAAGGUUGACCCUAAGGCCAGCCACACCUCAAAACCAUUGGGCACCCUAAGAACUCCAACUGAAGAGGAGCCACCCACAUUAACAGUGACCCCCAAGGUCCCCAGCUGUCCCAGCAUGGAGGACAAUAUGCUCACCUGGCUGGGUGCCCAAGUGCCCUCUCCCACACGCAGCAGAACAGAAACAGGCACAACGGACACCAGGGUGACAAUACACGAGGUACAACCUGCAUCCCCCUGGCCUUCUAGGUCCACCUGGGAGAGGGGCGGCUCUUCUUGGAACCAAGGAAGGGAGGUGGACAGUGGGGCCCCCAUGAUCCUCACCUGGUCUGAGCCUCCCACGAGCAGAUGCACCCCUCAGGGAUGCGAGGACCCGCGCUGCUGCUCCCAGGGAUGCGAGGACCCGCGCUGCUGCUCCCAGGGAUGCGAGGACCCGCGCUGCUGGAUGCGAGGACCCGCGCUGCUGCUCCCAGGGAUGCGAGGACCCGCGCUGCUGCUCCCAGGGAUGCGAGGACCCGCGCUGCUGCUGCUGCUGCAUCCUUCUAUUCCUGGGGGCCUGGUGGUGCCUUUAAUGUUCGCACGCAGCCUCGCAGCACGAUGCUCGCUGCUCAGCGAGAACAACUGA